CACGAUACACGAUGAUGACUACUACUAUAAAUAUACAUAUGAGAGUGAUCAGUAUCGUUUCGAAAACACACGACCCGGAUAACGUACAGAGUUCUGUGAUGUGGUGACGUUAGUUAGAGAAGUUCAAAAAGAUUCUUAACCUGCAAAUGCCAAAAUAACGCUUGUAUCCAGCUUGUCUCCAACGUUAAUUAAAGUUUAAAUUGAGUUCAUCCUAUAUAUUGAGAAAAUUGAACUGAAUUUAAAUCACGUCGGAGAAAACGGCCAUUUGGCAUUUUUCGUACCAUGAAAUUGUAACAUUCCCGCAGAUAAAAUAAUUCUGAGAAGAAAUUAAACCAUACAGUAUCGAGAUAUGAGACGUUCGCAUUCGGGUGAGCGGGCGGGUUACGGCUAUGAGCCAUUGCCAAGUUCUUCGAGCAAUGCUUUGGAGGAGGAAAAUGAAAGAAUGGCUGAAGAGCUUCAGGGUAAAAUUCAUGCUCUCAAGUCCCUCUCUAUUGACAUUGGGACAGAAGUUAAAUAUCAGCAUAAAAUGUUGAAUGAUAUGGACGAAGAUUUUGAAAAAACAAGUGGAUCUCUUUCAUCGUCCGUAGCGAGAGUCCUUCGAAUGGCAAAAGCUGGUCACAAUUGUUACAUUCUUUACCUCUUUUUAUUUUCGAUAGGCGUUUUUUUUGUUAUGUGGAUAAUAAUAAAAUUCAAGUAAUUAUUUGGUGUAUGAGUACAUCAUAAUUAUCAUUUUCUAAGGGGUAUUGCAGUAAAAAACAAUGGAUAUAUGUAUAUAAAUUAUUUUUAUCUGUGAAAGUGUUGGAUUUUUUGUCACCUGAAUAAAAAUGCAAACGUGGCAUCUGAGAAAUAUA